GAGAGCCAUGGUCCAAUACUGAAAAAACUGAAUGAAUCGUAAGAGGUUGAGAAAAGGACAUGAGCGGGCUGAGAAAGAAUUAAAAACUAGAUCAUUUUUUUGAGGUGCGUGGAAACUGAAUACGAAUACAGACAAAACUAAUCUUUACUUUUCUUGAGAGAAUCUCAAGAAAAGAGAAAAAUAUUUCUGGAGAAGCUUUCUGCUUCAAGAGAAGCUUCUGCAGGAACAUUGCUCGGAUUCUGGCAAUAAAGGAAACCAGGACAAUGACAGAAGAACCUGUUAAUGUCAAUGAAUUCAGAGAAUUAGCAAGGCAAGCCCUUCCAAAAAUGUACUAUGAUUUCUACACUGGAGGAGCAGAGGAUCAGUACACCUUAAAAGAGAAUGAGGAAGCUUUUAGAAGAAUCAUUAUUCAGCCUAGAAUUCUUAGAAAUGUGAGGAGCAUUGAUUUAUCAACUACAGUGUUGGGUUAUAACAUCUCAAUGCCAGUUAUGAUUGCCCCUACUUCUUUGCAGAAGCUCGCAAACCCUGAAGGAGAGAUCGCAACUGCCAGAGCUGCAUCUGCGUGUAACACGAUAAUGGUUUUAUCCACCUCAUCUACCUACUCAUUGGAGGAAGUAGCAGCCUGCUGCGAUGCUAUUCGCUUCUUCCAACUAUAUGUGUAUAAGAGACGGGAUAUAUCGGCUAAGCUGGUGCAGAGAGCUGAAAAUAAUGGAUAUAAAGCUAUUGUCCUAACUGUCGAUUCUCCAAGACUUGGCAGAAGGGAGGCAGAUGUUAAGAACAAACUGGUUGUACCUCCGCUGAAGAACCUGGAGGGUCUAUUACCAACGAAAUUUGUUUCUGAUGAAAAAGGUUCAGGUUUGGCUGCUCUGGCCAGUGGGACUCUUGAUGCUUCUUUCUGUUGGGAGGACAUCACAUGGUUGAAAUCUAUUACAAACUUGCCAAUUCUGAUCAAAGGGGUGCUCACUCGUGAAGAUGCAAUAAAAGCUUUGGAAGUAGGUGUUGAUGGGAUGAUUGUCUCCAAUCACGGAGGUCGGCAGCUAGAUUAUUCUCCUGCUACAAUUUCUGUUCUAGAAGAGGUAGUUGAUGCUGUUAGAGGAAAAGUUCCAGUUUUGGUUGAUGGAGGAAUACGGCGAGGAACUGAUAUUUUCAAGGCAAUGGCCCUUGGUGCUCAAGCUGUCCUAGUUGGAAGGGCAGUUGUUUAUGGACUAGCAGCAAAAGGGGAAAAAGGAGUGAACCGAGUGCUUGAAAUGCUAAAAGAGGAGCUUGAACUCACAAUGGCUCUGUCUGGUUGUUGUAGCGUGAAGGAAAUUAGUAGGAGCCAUGUGAGGACCAAACAUGAUCAGCAGCUACGCUCAAUGCUUUAAUGUUUACCUACAACCAUAACAUAUUCCCCGUUGAUGGAAGGAUUAUGCCAGUUAUUUUACAGGCACCAAAUAAUUGCAGGCUGCUUCACUGAAACUUGUUUCACUUAAUGCAGUCUAUAUGCCUAAUAACCUGAAAAAAUAAGUAUCCAUUUUUUUUUUCCUA